ACUGUUUUUUUACAGAUUUUGUAUGUAGGGUUUAGGUUAUGCAAAUACUUUAAAACAAUUAUUUUGUAAAAAUAUAAUUUGCACAGCCUGCAGCGGACAUCAAAUUUAUGAUGGACGAUUUUGCUGCAGAAGAAGUUGUUCUAUCUGUGACUGAUGCAAAUCUCACAGGCCAUGUUGAAAAAGUUGGUUUGGACAGCUUCGAAUUGUUAAAAGUUUUGGGAACUGGAGCGUAUGGCAAAGUGUUCCUGGUUCGAAAAGCAUGCGGUCACGACAUGGGUCAACUAUAUGCUAUGAAAGUGUUAAAAAAAGCAUCAAUUGUUACAAAACAAAAAACAACAGAACACACAAUGACAGAACGACAGGUAUUAGAGGCUGUACGUCAGUCUCCAUUCUUAGUGACACUUCACUAUGCAUUUCAAACCAACUCAAGAUUACAUCUCAUUUUAGAUUAUGUCAAUGGUGGUGAAAUGUUCACUCAUUUGAAUACAAGGGAAAAGUUUACUGAGCCAGAAGUUCAAUUAUUUAGUGCUGAGAUAUUACUUGCAUUGGAACAUCUGCAUAAACUUGGAAUCGUAUACCGUGACAUAAAAUUGGAAAAUAUUUUGUUGGAUUCUGAAGGUCACGUUGUUUUGACUGACUUUGGUUUGAGUAAGGAGUUCAUAAAUAAAGGAGACAGAACAUUCUCAUUUUGUGGCACGAUUGAGUACAUGGCUCCUGAAGUCAUUAGAAGUAACGGCGCCGGUCACGAUUUUGCCGUUGACUUCUGGAGUCUUGGUGUUCUGAUGUACGAGCUGUUGACAGGUGCUUCCCCUUUCACAGUAGAAGGAGAACGGAACUCUCAAGCUGAAGUAUCAAGGCGCAUUUUAUACAAGCAUCCUCCACUACCAAAAGGUCUUUCUUCUGCAGCGCUUGACGUGAUUUUAAAACUUCUCGACAAAAAUCCAAAAACACGUCUUGGAUGUGGAACAACAGGUGUCAAAGAAAUAAAGGAACAUCCGUACUAUAAGUCACUAGACUGGGAGAAAGUGGCGCGAAAAGAUGUCCCUGCACCUUUUAAGCCAGUUAUCGCAAAUGAUAUGGACACAAGUAACUUUGCUGAGGAAUUUACUUUGAUGCCCGUCAACUAUUCCCCUGCACCAACACCAGCCACUAACGCCUCAUGCCCUUUUAAGGGUUAUUCAUUCGUGUCCCCAUCGGUUGUGUUUGGACGACAGCACGUACUUUCCGACGAUCUUCUAAAACCAAUGUCCAAUUCGGGUCGGCCUUCCCCAAGCUACUUACAGAAGGUAGCACACGCUGGCCGUUUGACUGACAGCGAAUUUUUUACGCUGUAUGAAUUGGACUUGGACACUGAACCAUUGGGUGAUGGAAGUUUUUCAGUUUGUAGGAAAUGUGUGGAACUUUCUACCGGUCGAGAGUUUGCAGUGAAAAUUAUUAGCCGAAGAUGGGAAUUGCAGUCAAUGUUAGAACUCCGAUCAUUAUCUCACUGUCAGGGCCAUCCGAAUAUUGUCAAACUCUACAAUGUAUUUCAGGAUAAGCACCACACGUACAUCGUAAUGGAGUUAUUACAUGGUGGUGAACUGCUAUCCAUGAUACGUGACCACCCAACUUUCAACGAGGCGGAAGCGAGUAUUAUCAUGAAGCAAAUCGUGUCUGCCGUCGCCUUCAUGCACGAAAAAGGAAUUGUACAUCGGGAUUUAAAACCAGAGAACAUUAUAUUCGUGCAAGCACCAACUGACACUAACAACAAUACCAUGCCAGCCUCGAAACAACUCCAUAUAAAAAUCGUGGACUUCGGUUUUGCGAGGCUAAAGCCCAACACCGGCGCUGGGGCUUCUGUCGCGCUCAGCACUCCUGUUUUUACGCUACAAUACGCCGCCCCAGAAGUUUUACAGACCUCCGGUUUUGUAGGAACGUCCAAUACACCUGGCUACGACGAGUCUUGCGACCUAUGGAGUAUAGGUGUUAUUUUGUACGCCGUCUUAUCCGGAGCUGUUCCGUUUGUGAGCGACGGGCAGAGUCUCAGAGCUUCGGAAAUCAUGACUCGUAUCACGAAGGGGGAAUUUACCUUCGAUGGCCUGUCCUGGCAGAACGUGUCGGAAGAAGCACGAAGACUCGUGGACGGUCUUUUGACAGUGGAUCCAAAAAAGCGACUCAAAAUCUCCGACCUGCUCGCAAGCCCGUGGGUCCAAGGAGCGUGCGCCCCAACAACACCACUUCUCAGUCCUUGCAUUCUUUCACCAGGCCACCGAGCCACCACCUGCUUCAACGCCACGAUGAAGGCUUACCACCUCGCCAGCAAAGAAGGGUUUCAACUUAGUGCAGUUACGAACGCACCAAUUGCAAAACGCCGGAACAGAAAACGUACAGGCAAGCAACGAAACGGCUCCGACACGAGAAGCAGCAGCGGCUCGAACGACAGCGUAGUUCUGACGUCAUCAACAGCCGCCACGUCAUCAUCCUCCUGCUCGACGCCAGGAGCAAGUCCAGUGACGUCACCAGCGGUUGAGGUACCUGCUUCCGCACUAAUCUGCGCGAACUUUGAAACCGUUUCUUCCCCGGUUGCGAAACGACCGCGCGGACUUGAUUUAGUUCGUAGUACGCCCUCUGACGACCAGUAUAAACUGCCUUCAACGAGCGACUCUGUCAGUUCAGGUUUCGCUGAGAACAUACAGACUGGCAGCGACCGUGAGUCGUCCGACAGUAUAAACGUCUCGUCGCCUUCGUUGUCCCGACAAGCGUCGUCCUCACUUAGUGAAUCUGGGUACGGCACUUACUCACUUUCUUCGUCUAGCCCUCCCUACUUAUCGAAGCCACUGGGUUCGAACCACAGGUCCGGGACUCCAAUACAACAACUUGGUGAUACAAUAAUCUAACCCCUGCAUUUAUAUCAUAUUGUUCUGUGGGGCAAGAUGGGACACCUUUAGCACGUAAUGUCCAAAAAUAGAAAGAAAAAGUGUUCCAACUUUCCCCACCCCACUUUUUGUUACUUUGCAACUGCUAAUGAAAACAUCAGCCUGAAGCACAUACCGACUUUAAUAAUGCUGCUCGCUCUUUUCACGCCCAAUAACUCGGAACGAGUAUCCGUAUUCGGUUUUCCACCGUAUUUCUGUAUUCGUACUUGGGCGUGCACCAAAUGUCUAUGCAUUCAAUAGGCCCCCGUGUAUUUUUCUUUCUGUAAAUAGAAUUGCUUCUUUCUUUAUAUCAGUUGUACAUCAUAAAAUGUUCCGCUAUUGAGAAAAUCCCCUUUUACCAUACAUUAUGUGUGUGAAAAUUUACACGCCAUUUCCGAAAUUUGACCAUAGAUUUACCUGUUAAUCAUCGAAAUUUGCCAAUCUUUUCGUAUCGGUUAGGUUUAGUGUUGUGUUUUCUCAAUAGCUGAUACGUUCUAUGAAUAACUGACCCUUUCCCUUAUGUCUUCUUAACCAGCAGUGUUACCAGUCAUUUAAAGUAUAUUUCAGUGUUGCCAGUUGAUAUUUCAACUCAGCACCAGUGCUUUGUGUUGCACAAGGCAGAAUAAUGGAAAAGUGUUACCUCGGAACUAAUACCACACUUAAAGAUGUCGUAAGCUUCAUAUUAAGUUACUUGAUUUUUUACAAUGUAAUCGUGUAUUUGCACUUACACAAUGCGAAUGUAUUUUUAAAGUAUCGUUGUCGGUACUUAGGACAAGGAAUCGACCAGUGUGUUUGUGUUAUAUUGCUUCUUAUGUGCCCUGCCUUCAGAUAUAAAAGUAUUGAGAAGUUUUGUUUGAUUCGCA